AUGUUGUUGAAAAAGUGUACGAAUAUUGAAAAGAUAAUUAUAUUGAUCGCAAAAAAAGAAGUCGCAGAAAAACACCAAGAUCCCCAGUGGUACUUUGGAAUGUUUGGGGUCGGGGGCAAGAGAACCUGCCACGGACAAACUCAGUUGAGGGAUGGCAUCAUGCAUUUCAGCAUUUUUUUGAUUGUUACCAUUCGAAUGUUUACAAGCUUAUUUAUCAAUUCCGCAAAGUACAAGAGUAUAAAAAAUGUUCAGUACAAAGCAAAUGAACGAAACAAAGCUGCCACCAAGUUCAUAUAUCUCAAACUGAACAAACGUAAAGGCGAUGAGAGACGAUUUGGUCUUUAUUGGAGUCAUCCAGCACCACUAGAUGCGAGGUCAGCAGGCCACUGCAGAAAGUUCUUGAAAAGUGCCAAUCAUGGAAACAGGGUGGAAGGUAUUAAAAAAGUCAUGAAUACCAUCGUUGUCAGAAGCGAGAAACUCUCCAGUCAGAUCAGUAAUUACGCCACAACCAACGUUCAUAUUCGGAAGACACGAACAGAAUGUCAGAGUGGGAAUGAGAGUCGUAAAUUAUGGCCGGAGUCGGAAUCGUAG